UCUCUCACCUUUACACACACACACGCGCGCACACACACACACACACACACUAUGGCGGAAGAUCCACUGGUUGGGGCAGUGGACCAGGGGACCAGUUCCACAAGGUUUUUGGUGUUCAAUGCUAAAACCUCUCAGCUUGUCAGUCAGCAUCAGGUAGAAAUUACACAGAGUUUUCCCAAAGAAGGAUGGGUGGAAGAAGAUCCCAAGGAGAUCCUUCAGUCUGUGUACAAGUGCAUGGAGAGGACCAAGGAGAAACUCACUCAGCUCAACAUUGAUGUUACCAACAUUAAAGCCAUUGGAGUGACCAAUCAGAGAGAGACAACAUUGGUGUGGGACAAAGAGACUGGAGAACCUCUCUACAAUGCCAUUGUCUGGCUGGACUUAAGGACUCAGUCUACUGUUGAGCAUCUUAUUGAGAAAACACCUGGAAAGAACAAGAACCAUUUUAAGCAUAAGACCGGUCUGCCCAUCAGUACAUACUUCAGUGCAGUGAAGUUGCGCUGGUUGAUGGACAACGUGGUAGAGGUGAACGAAGCUGUGCGUGCUCAUCGUGCCAUGUUCGGAACUAUUGACUCCUGGCUUAUAUGGAGUUUAACUGGAGGUAAAAAUGGUGGCAUUCACUGUACAGAUGUCACCAAUGCCAGUCGCACAAUGCUGUUCAACAUACACACCAUGGAGUGGGACCUGGAUUUGUGCAGGCACUUUGAUGUUCCUGUUGAAAUCCUCCCAGAGGUCAGAAGCUCUUCAGAAAUAUAUGGCUUCAUUAGCUCAGGUUCACUGGUGGGCGUGCCAAUCUCUGGAUGUUUGGGUGAUCAGUCAGCUGCUCUUGUGGGACAGAUGUGCUUUAAAGAUGGCCAGGCCAAAAAUACAUAUGGAACCGGUUGCUUCAUGUUGAAAAAUACUGGAGUCAAGCCUGUGAUGUCAGAGCAUGGUCUUCUUACAACAAUUGCAUACAAACUGGGAAAAGACAAACCUGCUCACUAUGCAUUAGAGGGAUCUGUUGCAAUUGCUGGAGCAGUAGUCAGGUGGCUAAAAGACAAUCUGGGAAUCCUCACAUCCUCAUCUGAAAUUGAGAAGUUGGCUGCUGCAGCUGGGACAUCUUAUGGCUGUUAUUUUGUUCCAGCAUUUUCUGGGCUUUAUGCUCCCUACUGGGAACCCAGUGCUCGAGGGAUUAUCUGUGGUCUGACACAGUUCACAAACAGGAGUCACUUGGCUUUUGCAGCACUGGAAGCAGUGUGCUUUCAAACACGAGAGGUUUUGGAAGCGAUGAAUCAAGACAGUGGUGCCUCACUUACUCAGUUACAGGUAGAUGGAGGAAUGACAGCUAACAAACUGCUAAUGCAACUCCAGGCCGAUAUCCUCUGUAUUCCAGUUGUGAGACCAUCAAUGUCUGAGACCACUGCACUGGGGGCAGCAAUGGCUGCUGGAGCAGCUGAAGGGGUUGAGGUGUGGAGCAUUAAUCUUGAGGACACGGCCUUUGUGUCCUCUGAGAAAUACAACCCGCAGAUCAAUCCAGAAGAGAGUGAAUUCAGAUAUGCAAGAUGGAAGAAAGCCGUCCAGAAAGCCAUGAACUGGGAGACUAUGGAUCCACUUUCUAAUGUAAAAGGUUAACAGACUGAGCCAUAUGGAGCACUGCUGCUCACUAAAGUCAGGCUGAAGAGAUCGGUGCAGUCCAUUUUUUUUUACUUUGGUACUUGAUUAAAAUAAGUGUGUAGCUGUGAACGUGCACAAGUCUGAUUGCACUCUGUUUUUUCUGAGCAAAAGGAACCCCAGCUCUCAAUGAAUUUACUGUCGCAUAUAAAAUGGGUUUCAUUAAAUGGUGAAAUUCAGUGGUUGGCUGCUAAAGUACCCUGAGUUAAGGUUAUAGUUUCCACCAGUAGUGGACGAAGUAUACAAAGCAUGUACUUGAGUAAAAGUAAAGAUACAGUAGGUAAAAUAUGACUCCAGUAAAAUUUAAUGUGCCCCUUUAAACUUUCACUUGAGUAUAAGUACAAAAGAAUUUGCCUUCACAUAUACUUGUGUCCAUGUACUAUGAUUUAUUAUGACUUUAAUGUCUUAUUAUCAUUUUUUAUCACAUGACUCUUUGCUUAAUCGAUUCAGUUUAUGUGAAAAGAUUAUAAUGUUACUCUUAGCACACCAGUCUAUUAAUAAAAUGAUAUUAAUGAGUCAAACACAUUGAUCUAAUAAAUUAUCAUGAGCUCACAACCUUCUUUUCUAUCACUUAUCAAAAUCGUGCAAAUAAAGCAACGGAUACUGUUAGUCAG